AUGACAUCCUUCACGGACACAGUCCGCUUCUGUUUCCCCUCUAACAGCAGCGACGACAACCUCUUCCCAGAGGACAAUCAGCACCGGGACCGGGAAGGAUCGCCCAAUGCCCUCUCCACCGGCGGUCGGCCCAAGCUUGGCGGUCGCAACUCGUCUCGCUUUCUCCAGCCUGAGGAGGAUGAUCUGAAUCGAGGCGUGCUGGCGUUCUCAUUCAAGCACGCCGUGAGGAGUUAUCUGGCGGACUGGGCGCUGGCGGCUUUCCUGUGGGGUUCGCUGGCUUUGCUAAAUCGCUCGCCCGGCCACAAGAGGGAGUUCUCAUUGACAGAUAUCUCCAUACAACACACUUUCGCCGUGCACGAGCGCGUGCCUCCCUAUAUGCUUGCAGCGAUCUCGGUCGGUAUCCCAGCUCUCAUCCUCCUCCCCAUCUCGACCCUCGUAGCUCGCUCAAAAUGGGACAUUCACAAUGCCUUCAUCGGUCUCUUUAUGAGCUACACUAUGACCGGUGUUGUGACUCAGCUCAUCAAGAUGAGCGUGGGACGACCUAGACCAGAUCUGAUCGCACGCUGCAUGCCUCGUGCCGGAGCGGUCGAUCAUGCAAUGUUCGGCCUAUCGACAUACAAGAUCUGCACUACUCAAAAUACCCUUCUCUUGGAUGACGGCUUCAAGAGCUUCCCAAGUGGUCAUUCAUCCCUAUCAUUCGCUGGACUCGGCUUCCUCGCUUGCUACCUCGCCGGCAAGAUGCACCUCUGGGACAAGCGCGGGCACCGCACCCGCGCAUGGUGGGCAAUGUCCCCUCUCCUCGGCGGUAUCAUGGUCGCCAUUUCCCGGACCGAAGAUAACAGGCAUCACUGGCAGGAUGUGCUCGUUGGGUCGCUGCUGGGGAUGUUCAUCGCCUGGGUCUCAUACCGGUCAUACUACCCCUCGUUCCGACACAGACAUAGUCACCUACCGCUCGCUCCUCGAGCACAGAAUGCGAUGGAAGCGGAGGACGGGGAUGAGGACGAGGAGGGGCUUUUGCCGAGGCGGACGACGCGGCUCGUGGACGAGGCCAACCCGCGGCCGAGCGAGGAGGAGCAGGCGUGGAGAGGUUCAGGCGGCGCCAGACGGGGAUAG